CCUUGGCUUGACUAACCGCCAAAGCGAUGCCCUCCUGAAGACUUCCGGAGUAGAACAUAGGUCUGAAAGAUGGAUACUAUGAAUAGAUAUCAAUAAUAACUAGCAGCAACAGCGACAGCGACAUGAAUCGUCGGGGAACAACAAGCGGGUGGAGAUUCGGAGCGGAGACGGAGGUGACAACUUAAUCGAUAAGCCCAGGCGGAGAGGGAAAGUCGGCUUCCUUCACCUCCUGCAGUUCCUGCAAGACUACGCGCUCCUCAGACUCCAUACUUACCGACAAAACAACCAGAAACCCCAAUUUACCCUCGAGCCAAAGUUUGACUGUUCGAGAUAGUGAGAGAGAGAGAGAGAAACGCUUCACUUGCCAAAAAUGCGGCCCUUCCUCUCAGCUCUCCACAGGACCGCCGCAUCCUCGCGCCCAGCAUCAUUAUCCUCAGCCUCCCUCCGUCGCACCCCACGAACAAACACCUUUUUCCAGACCAAACCCCUCGACUCCGUCUGCACCAGAUGUCGCAUCCAGCAGACCCGGUUCUAUAGUCGUCAAUUGGCCGACGAUCCCGCCUGGCUAUCCGUCGUCGACAACCCCGCGAGGAUUGUCCGGACAGGAAAUAAGCAUGGACCGGGAUUGAUUAUUCUAGCCCUCAUCCCCAUAAUCUCUUUCGGUCUCGGAACCUGGCAAAUCCAGCGCCUCGACCGCAAGACCAAAAUGAUCGCCACCUUCGAGGACCGCCUCGUCAAGGACCCGCUGCCGCUGCCCCCGCGCAUCGACCCCAGCGCCAUCUCGGAGUUCGACUACCGCCGCGUGUAUACCGUGGGCCGCUUCCGACACGACCAGGAGAUGUUGGUGGGACCCCGCAUGCGGGACGGGCAGGACGGGUACUUCGUGGUGACGCCGCUCGAGCGCGAGGGCGAGCAGUCCACCAUCCUCGUGAACCGGGGCUGGAUCUCGCGGAAGCAGAAGGACCAGAAGGUGCGCGACCAGGAAGGGGCGCUGCCGCGCGGCGAGGUCAUGGUGGAGGGCCUGCUGCGGGAGCCGUGGAAGAAGAACAUGUUCACGCCGGACAAUGUCCCCCAGGAGGGGAAGUUCUACUUCCCGGAUAUCGAGCAGAUGGCCGAGUUGACGGGGAGUCAGCCGGUUUGGAUUGAGCAGACUAUGGUCCCGGACCUGGUCGAGGCUUACAAUCGGGAGGCCAAGGGUAUUCCUAUCGGUCGUGCCGCCGAGGUUAACUUGAGGAAUAACCACAGCCAGUAUAUCUUUACAUGGUAUGGCUUGUCGCUGGCAACGUCCAUUAUGUUGUGGAUGAUCGUUCGCAAGAGACCGAAUGAGGCCACUCGUCGUGUCCGCUUGAACCGUAAUUGGUAGAGCUGCUUGAUGGUGCCUCAAUCUGGCAACCCUCGGCGACGACGUGGGGUUUGUAUGUAUGGGAAGAUGUAUGUAUAUGUACCAGCAGUUCAUGGCGGCAUCGCCAAUCUCAUAUCCUGGAGAAGCUCCUUCGGCAGAUGCUUCUGGGCAAUAGAGAAGACAGUAGUGGCAUUGCUCAGGUGUCGUUGGCUGAAAGAGAAUGUUAGCAUCAAUUGUAACAAUAGCAGUCUUGUG